AUGGAAUCGGAUAAUGGCGUUGUUGUGGAAGACGAAAAACAUGUUAUUGGAGAAAUAACUAAGGAGAACAUACAUAUAGAAAUUGAAGAAAAUUUUAAUGCAGAAACUAAGACCAAGAAUGAAGUAUCUCAACCAGUAGUAGUAUCUGAAGGCAGCAAUUCUGUGGUUAUUAAAAACUCCGAACUUGCCAAGGAACUUGGUGUCAAAAGUGGUGUAGCUUCAAAGAACACUAAAUCUACAGCCAAAGAUAAACCGAAUUUGAAGGCCGCGACUUCAUCGUCUCAAAGACAACAAAACCUUUCCAAGAGCCUUACUUUUCCAUCAAAAUCGGCUCGUGUUGAAGCGAUGAAGAAAAGUACGGAUGGAAUUCUUUGGAAGACAGAAAAUAAACAUGCUCAAGCUGUGGCUUCAACUCUUCAUUCAAAAAGGUUGACAAACUCAAAAGUGAACACAAAAGAAGCAAUAAAAAGCCAUGGAAAUUCUAAAAGGACUUCUUUGACAUCCAUCAAUAGCUUUAAAAGCGCUGAGAAUUCAAACCCGGCGAAAAGUGAAAAACCAAAUAAAGAAGAUGACGAUGCUCAUUCGACAACUUCAAGUCUUACACCGUGUAGGAAGAGCAGUGGUUCGGGAUUUUCCUUCCGACUGGAAGAACGAGCUGAAAAAAGAAAAGAGUUCUUCUCGAAGUUAGAAGAGAAAAUUCAAGAAAAGGAAGCGGAGAAAAGUAAUUUGCAAGAGAAAUCAAAGGAAAGCCAGGAGGCAGAGAUCAAGAAAUUAAGAAAGAGGAUGACAUUCAAAGCAGCUCCAAUGCCAAGUUUCUAUAAGGAACCUCCUCCAAAAGUUGAACUCAAAAAGAUACCUACAACACGCCCGAAAUCGCCAAGGCUUGGAAGAAACAAAGGCCCUAUUGUUAACAACAGUUCAGAAAAGAAAUCUAGUUUGAGUUCACAUGAGAAGCAACAGCAGAAUGAUUCAACUGUUGCAAAAGUAAAAGAUUUUAAAGACGUGAGUUCAAAGAAACCGGUCAGAAAAACACAAGCCAAGGUACAAUUACAGGAAAUUGCAGUCACAAAAACAGAAAUGGGUUCUGUCAAGACUAUUAUUACGAAUAACGUUCCGGUAACCGGGCAAGAUGCGAAAGUGGAUAUAGGAGAAGGCAAUGAAGAAAGUAAAGAUCCACCUGUUGACAUUUCUGAAUACCAAAAUGAGAUAGAGCUAGAGUCACUAAAUGAACUUACUCAGAGCACUACACUGGUGAAUGCAUCUGCACCAGAAAUUGUAUCCUAUGAAGUUACUGUUGGAGUGUAG